AUGGGCUGCCCGGGGACGCCGAACAUAUUCCAGCAGUAUGAAAGCGAGCCACGCACGAAGAAAAGAUGCAGAAGACAUGGAGGCAAUUGGAGUCGAACCGGCUGUUUGACUUGCAAAAGACGAAGGAAGCGCUGCGAUGAGGCUAAGCCUAGCUGCCAUACCUGCACCAGGUUAGGCUUAACCUGUGAAGGUUAUAGCUCAAUGUGGGCAGUUCCACUUGGACCAGGCGCUCAGAUCUUCAAGCCAACAGAGCCCGCUAGACACCAUAGACCUGGGCCCAGUUUAUCACCUGCUUCGUUAGUCGGUUCAAGGGCAUCGUCUGCGACUAUAGGGCAGCCAUUGCCAGUAACAGGUCAUACUUCACCUAUUUAUUCGCCGGUCCCUGAAAAGGAUGACCUUGCGGAUUCGGAGAGUUGUAGUUCGAGAAAUGCCAACCAACUAGCUGUUCAGGCGGCCUCCCGGUCUCCCUCCCCCUCCAGAUUGAUCAAUCAUCUUUCCCACCUCGACUCCCAUUACCUCCAAUACCACAUGGAACGGGGCUCAAAGCUGCUAACUAACCUAGAGUCUGAUGAGAAUCCCCUCCGGUCCAUGUUAAUCCCCAGGGCUCUCUCAUCGACUCUUCUCAUGAACGCUCUAUGCGCCCUAUCCGCCAUUCACUUCUCCAACCGUACUCACCACAGCUGGUUUGCUGAGAAUGAAGGGGCCAAGUACUACAUUGACACCAUGCGCGGCUUAAGAACAACGCUUGCAACUUCCGAGAGAAGUUAUGUUCCAGACGACGCCAUCCUCGCCGUUUCUCUUCUUUGCAAGUAUGAGAUUGUCCGCGGGAGCGUGAAGCAAUGGGCUGUGCAUCUAGACGCAGUGCAGACGUUGGUUUCCUCCCGGGGAGGACUCAACCAGCUCGAUCAGGAUGCAGCCGAGUUUAUACGUGGACUCUUCGUCUAUGCAAACAACCUGGCUAGGCUUACCAACCGAAGAACCUUACUCAAGCCGUCUAUUCCCGGCUCUGAUAUCGUCAAGCCCCACAAGCUAGACAUCUACAUCGGAUACACAGAGGAAAUCAUCAAGACGUGCGCGCGGAUAGCAGACCUCCCUCGUCUGGUCUCAGAUUCGGAGGCCUUUGAACAUGAACUUGUUUCAAUAGACAGCAUCCUCCACACAUGGACCUCCACCAAGACAACCUACAUCGUACCCAAAGGCAUAACCCAGGCUACCCUCUCCCGCCUGCGCUUGGUAGCUGAGUCCUUUCGUGAUGCCGCGUAUAUCUACCUUCAUUCAGUCCUGGAACGCACAAGCCUAUCCGAAGUCUCACUCCCAUCUUCCAUAACUUCACACGCAGACUGGAGAUUCGAACACCUCAUCUCAAUCUCCAAAACGACCGCCAUAAUGUCCCUCCUAAAACGUCUCAAAACUCAUCCCAUCGACAAGAACUGCGAGUUCUCAGCGCUCACAUUCCCGCUUUUUAUUGCCGGCUGCGAGACGCACAGUGAGGAAGAUAGGCAGCUAAUAUGGGGUAUGCUGAGUGUUGUCGAGGCCAAUUUUGGAAUAGGGAAUGUGAAGAGGGCGAAAGAGGCGCUAGAGAUCGUUUGGUCUUCUUGUACCCCUGCGGUCGAUGGGAUUGGCGAUGAUGAGGUUGAGACAGAGGAUAAACGGGCGAGAGGGGUGAAGAAGCACUGGGCUGACGUGCUCAACAGGCUAGGCUGGGACUUGAUUCUCGCGUAA